UACCUACGCCAGCCGCAGCGCCUCCGUCUGCUCAUUCGAUCGAUACCGAUGCGUGCGCAAUUGCUAUUCCAGCUCUUCGCCGCGACAGCGCUGGCAAAUAAGUUCAUGCCCACCAUAACCCUCCCCAAAUUCGGCAGAGCCCAGCCCGCGCGGAUCAACCAGCCGUCGAAAAAAGAUACAUACAUGGUGAAUGCCAACACGACGCGCCUCGUCGUGCUGAAAGUGCCGCACUCGGGCAGCACCUGGUUCGCCGCUUUGCUCAACCGCUUCCCGCGGAGCUACGUGAAGGAGGAGUCGAUUACCAAGACGACCUCGAACAACGUGGACCCGUCCGCAAUUCGCGAGCAUGUGGCGACUUCGUUAGUCCGGCCUACGGACAAGAUGGUCGCGUCGCGCAACGGCAAGCAUGCAUUUUCCCCACGGGCGAAGAAUUUCGACUGCGGCGGCUGCGAACUCGCACUGCUCGGCCUCACGAUGUGCCCCAUGCGCUCGGAGCCGCCCUACGAUUUUCCCAGGGGCGUCCCCGCCGCCAUCUUCCACCAGACCGUCAAGUUCAGGACGAUAUUUUGGGCGCGCACGAACGUCGUCAAGAUGAGUUUCGCCAGUAAUGGUUCAAAAAAUCGAACGAAGGCCUUCGUGAAGGAAAAGCCCUCCUGCGAUACGUUCGCAAGAACCCUGGGCUACAAAAUCGCACAACUGCGGUCGCUCGAUGCGCUUUAUGACGAACGACGGAAGGUGGACCCCGCACUCGUGUUAAAAGUGCGCUACGAGUCGAUGCAGCUCGACGAGGCGGGGACGCUCGCGACGGUCGCGCGCUUCCUCGGCGUUGACGCGCCGCGGCGGUUCCUGAAGAGUAGCACCGCCGUCGGCGAGAAGCGCGCCUCCGACGAUUUGAGGGACGUCGUCAAGAACUACGACGAGAUACACAAAUGGCUCGCGCCGAAGGGCGUCCUCGCGUCGCCUUGUCUCCUGAAAAUGCUCGAGGUGCGAGGGCCGCAGGUCUUCGCGCCCUGCCCGGCGCCGGCGCUCGUCGAGCGGACGGUCACGAGCCUGUCGCCCGCGAAGACGUGUCCCGGGCCACGCGGCGGGGGCACCAGUGGAGAUCCUUUGUCACAUCAAAGGACAAAACGACACGACGGACGGCGCGCCUACUUCUGA